AUGAGUUUCAAGGGCUUUUCCAAGAGCCUUACUCGGGCGCCUCAACAAUUCAAACACAAGUUCAACAUUGGCGAGCACACCAAAGAUGCCGUCUACAUCGACGCCGAACGCCGUUUCCAAGAGCUCGAGACUGAGACCAAGAAGCUCCACGAUGAGUCAAAAAAAUACUUCGAAGCCAUCAACGGCAUGCUGAACCACCAGAUAGAAUUCAGCAAAGCCAUGACGGAAAUCUACAAGCCCAUUUCUGGCCGCAUGUCAGACCCCGACAGCAUCAAACCCGAGGGAAAUCCAGAAGGAAUCCGCGCUUGCGAAGAGUACGAGGCCAUUGUCAAAGAGUUGCAAGAGACACUUGCCCCGGAACUGGAAAUGAUUGAGACUAGGGUCAUCCGGCCAGCUACCGAGCUGCUAGACGUCAUCAAAGUCAUUCGAAAGACGGCGGUGAAGCGAGAACACAAGAAACUGGACUACGACCGGCAUCGCGCCACCCUCAAGAAGUUGCAGGACAAGAAGGAACGCAGCCCAAAGGAUGAGAAGGCCUUGUGGAAAGCAGAGGGCGAUUUCGAGCAAGCGACACAAGACUACGAAUACUUCAAUGACCUCUUAAAGGAUGAGUUGCCGAAGCUCUUCACUCUGGAACGAGAGUUCAUCCAGCCACUGUUCCAAUCCUUCUACUACAUGCAGCUCAACAUAUUUUACACACUUCAUGAACGAAUGCAGCGCUGUGAUAUUGGCUACUUUGACCUGACUCGCGAAAUCGAGGAGGCGUUUGAGGAAAAGCGUGGAGAUAUCCAAGAACGAGCCGAGGCCUUGUCAAUCUGCCGAUUCAAAACCACUGGACGUCCCCGGCCCAUUAGAUACGGAGCUCGCCCAGCCCUCGAAGGCGGCAAGCAACCAGGCCUGUUGACAGCUGGGCCUUCCACCUCAAGCGGUGGUACCAGCCCCAAGAGUGGUGCCCCCGGCCGACCUGCCAGCGAUUCCGAAGCCGCACCCCCGCCAUAUUCCCCCGGAAACAAGACUGCCUUGUCAACGGUCGCGGCGGCCAAGGCAAAGCCUCCACCACCUAAACCAAAGCCAAAGCGCUUAACAGCUGCACCUGCAGCAGAGACCGUGACAGCCAUGUACGAUUAUGCUGCUCAAGCGGAGGGGGAUUUGAGCUUCCGAGCCGGUGAUGUUAUUGAGAUUGUGUCCAGGACACAGAAUGAGAAUGAGUGGUGGACGGGACGUCUGAAUGGAAAGGAGGGACAGUUCCCUGGUAAGCAAAGCUGUGACGUAUUUCUUCUUCUUUUGCGCAUCUUCUAA